AUGUCGACAACCACGAAUGGUGAUGAAUCCAUCUAAUAGAGAAUAUCUAACUAGGGUCUAAUAAACAUAUUAGAAGGAAGUUUGACAUCGAUAGAGCAAGGGGGUGAUUCCCAUACCAAUCGAUCACUAAUGAGAAAGAAUGAUCAAAUAAAAACACUUGAAGUGUUAGGGAUCAGUGGAUUUAGAGAUAUGGCUAUUUAAGAUGGCCUAGUAGGCUUAGACUCCAAAGUUACAGAAUUGGCUCCUGGGUUCGGUUUUCAAAGCCAGCUCAUAAAAGACAAGCAUAUUAGAAAUUGCAAAUAAACAAAGUACAGUUAAUCAAUAGUUACUACACCACUACUAGUGAUGAUUUAAUCAUCCUAUAGCAUUAAAAAAAUGCAAUCGAAAUUAAGUACUACAGGAUUAUCAUCAUUAGAUAACUAAUAUAUGAAUUUAUUAUACCAGAUGGAUAAAUAUGGAAUUUCUCAAAAUUAAUUUAACCCUAGAGAUUUAAGUGAACUUUUGAGAUUUUUCUCUAGACCCAAGGUAAGACAUCUUGAAUCUAUAAGCUAUGAUCACACAUAUCCUCUAGUAUAAGUUGCAAUGAAAAAAUUAAUAACAUUCACUAGUGGAGAUUUUACUAGAGCUGAUGCUCCAAAGUUCGGAAGUUUCAAAAAAGUAUGA